GCCGAAGGCUUUCUCUAACAAAUGGCCUGAUUGUCCAUCAUCAGUUAUGGAGGCGGAAUCGGAUCAAGGCGAGGUCUCGUCGCUGACGAUUGUGCGGCAGUUUCUGGAAAAGACCUGUGGGUCAGUCCUGAAAGCCUGGUUGAAGCACCUCGAUGUAGAUGUUGAUUACAGGAUCUCGAAGAUCGAAUUCAUGGAGGGAAUGCGGCAGCUCAACUACACACCGCAGCAGCUUCCACGACUCUUCGCUGGAAUCGACCAGGAUGGGUCCGGCGAGAUCACCCUCGAUGAGAUCGAUGAAGAGGAGAUGGCGUUGUGGAACAGAUUCCGGUCCUGGGCUGUUCAGACCUUCUACAGUGUCGAGGAUUUCAUAGUGACCCUUGCCGCCGAUCCCAGCAGCUUGACAAGCCUGUCUGCGGAGGUGUUCAGCCAUGUCACGGAGGAAAAGUUCUGCGCUCGCCUCCCCGAACUGGGGUGGAAGCAGGCGAAGGCGGGCGAGGAGAAGCAUUUGUUCAGCGCCUUAGACUUUGAUGGCGAUGGCCUGGUGAAGCCUCACUGCCUCCGCUGGCUUGGCAUCGAGCUGAAGCGCCUACACAAGAAGCGUGCCGCCAAAGAGAGUGCCAACAAGAAGAAGGCGACGCCCAGCAUUUCGCACGAGCGGUUGGAGCAACAGUUUUUCGAGUUCAAGGAAGACCUUCGGAGAAGGUACGGCGGCGGAAACUUGGUCCGCGCCUGGCGCGCCGCAUUGUCCGACACCAUGAUCCUGCCCAAGACUCGCUUCCUCAAGGCGUGUGUACAGCUGGGCUACGCCAAGAAGGCCAAGGAUCUCUGGAAGAUGUUGGACCGGGACGGCAGCGGCUUCGCCUCCAUCGACGAGCUGGACCCACGGAGCGCCCAGGCGCUCGCCUACUUCAAGAAGACCUUGGACCAGAACCACUUUGCCGGGAUCUCCGCGGCCUUCACGGCGCUGGACGUGGACGGGGCGCGGAAGAUCCGGCGGGCGCAGUUCCGCGCGUCGCUGCGGCGGCUGCAGUUCCAGUGCCCGGAGCUGUCCAACGAGCUGUUUGACAGCCUGGACUUGAACGGGAACCACGUGAUUGAAGAAGACGACCUUCAGUUCCUGGAGAAGUGGCACCCCCUGCCCUACCUCACCGUUGAGCCCAACAAGAGGGCCCGAGACGAGUUCAAGAAAAUGCUCCUCCAGAAGUAUUCCCGGCCCAUGAAAGCCUGGCGGCAUGUGCUGGACCGAGAGGGAAGCAACCGCUGCAACUGGCACACCUUUCUCUACGCCUCCAAGAUGAUUGGCUUCCAGGGUGAUGCGGCCGGCGCUUGGCGAGCGCUUGACGACGACCUCUCCGGGUACAUCACUUUGAAGGAGCUAGACUUUGAUGCCCACAUGACGCUGGUGGAGUUCAGGACCUGGGCCUCCGAUGAGUUCGGCUCCUGCCGGGGCGCCUUCGACAUCUUCGACGGGGACGGGUCCAACAGCCUGACCUUCCAGGAGUUCCGGGCUGCGUGCAAGAUCUACGGCUUCGAAGGCCAGACGAAGCAGCUCUUUACGGCGAUGGAUGUUUCGGCAGAGGGCACGCUCUCAGUGAAGGAGGUCGCUUUUCUGGACGACUGGAUCGAUGACCCGAAGGAAGUCGCGCAGGCGCGGAAGAGCAUCGCGGCCUAUCUGUUUUCCACCAACGGCGUCAACCUCCGUGGCGACCCCUCGCGGCGGGGAGCCCUCGCCGUGGGCUUCGAGAAUGUCAAAGAGAUGCAAAGGAAGCUGCUUGAGAUAGAAAGGGCCAAGGAGCUGGCGAAGCAGUGGCAUGCUGCCGUGGAGAACCCCAUGAAGCUGGUGGAUCUGUGCAGGAAGCAGAUGACAUUCGAGGUCUCAAGCUUGAAGCUGGACUCCAGGCGGCCGAUCCGGACGGUGGCCGAGAGCUACAGGCGACUGGAGGGCCCUGACCACUGCCUCAACUUCUUCCUCAAGCAGGCGGAGCCAAAGGAGGUGAGCAUUGAGGUCAAGAAGCCCAGCGAGGUGCGAAGCCAGAAGGAUGCGCCGGAGAUGUUGCUGCCGCCAUUGCCACUCGCAGCCGAGAAGCAGGAGAUGGACCCUCAGGGGGGCGAAGGGCGCGAGUGGCCGAAGGUCGUACAGCGGCGACGACCAAUGGUUCUGAAGCCGUCCUUGGACGAGCUUCUGCGGUGAGCCUUCAGUGUGGAAGCUCUCCCAAGGUGGCACCAAGGUGACCAAAGAGAGAAAGCUCCCAGAGAUAGUGGUUCCGAAGAGGUGAACAUGGUGGUACGCGUUGCGCUUGAGUCUGGCAAAGCCAUGCUCAGGCUUUAAUUGUUUCGGAUGGUUCCAGCCGCAACCUGCGUUGGAACCUGGAACGUCGUUGGAUGGCUGAGCAGCAUCCACAAACCCUCCCCUCUUGCCAACAAUCGUGAAAGUGGACAGGAGGC